CGAGAUAUCGGGGCUUGGAUCCUCACAGAUAAACUCGACAUCAUCACCAUUGUUUACGCAGGAGCGGUAGCACAAGGAAUAUGUACGGUGGGAACGUCUUGGUGCAUCAGAAAGAGAGGGCCAAUCUUUACUUCUGUUUUUACUCCCGUGGGGCUUAUAUUCGCUACACUAUUUGAUUUCUCGAUCCUUCAUCGUCAAAUUUGCCUUGGAAGUGUUAUCGGAUCUGGGGUUGUAAUCUUUGGACUAUACAUAUUCUUGUUGGGAAAAGUCAGGCAAAUGAAGGAAGAGUGUGCAAAGAGGUCACCUUCUCAUUUAAAUGAAAACGGAGGAGAAGAUGAUGAACAAUACAAAAAGGGUCAUCUUAUUGUUCCAAUGACUCCUUGAUUUGAUUAUAGACUUCUUUUUUUCUUCACUUCAUACAUUAUUUUAUUAUAAUACCAAUAUUGACCGAUAAUUUACAUGAACUAGUCCAACGGAUCAGUAAACUAGUCCACAUAUUGCUUCUUUUCCUUAAUUUUCUCGCACAAUUUGCUUAUUAUUGUGUAUCUUCGGCACCAUAGUAGUAUCUUAGUAAACCGCUUUCGUAGUAGACUAGUUAGAUCGUCCACCUGAUCAGCUAUUUCCUGACCAUUAAUGUCACCGGAACGUUGGAUUGGUAGAGCAUGAUCUCAACCACUCCAACAACGAGACCAACCGCACUCCGCACUUGGAACAAAAAUGUAGAAGUCACUGCUUGAGCAGUCCGUAGCUAAUGUA